ACGGAACGCAAUGCAAUAUAUCACGUAUGCGCCUUUGAAUGUGUUUAUGGUUGCAUGUCGCGCAUACAAUUUGAUUCUGUAUCCGAGCCCGUUAUUUGGUUUAAUUUUAAUCUCGCAGAAUGUUGACAGGAAUUCGAACUUAUUGGUAAAAUGUCAAAACGUUGGGGCAGCGACUAUGUGGUCACGGAGCACCGCGAUUUACAGGCUAAUACUAUGGCCGUGGAUGCGACUGGCAAUUAUGUGUUACUUGCUGGACGUCGGUAUUUCGCAGUAAAACAUCUAGAUGAAGGUGCUGAUACUUUAAAAAAAUUUCAAAGACAAAGCAAGUACGAAGUUGGCUCAGCAGAAUGGAAUCCUACAAGUACAAAUUCUCAUCUGUGUGCUGUAUCGAGUAACACGCGUAUUGAAAUAUUAGCACUUAAUGGAGUUGGCUGUUGUGAUUUACAUACAACAAAUAGUCUUAAAGCACACACAAGAGUGGUAAGCGACUUAAACUGGCAUCCCAAGGAACCAGAUAUUAUUGCUUCUUGUAGCAUUGAUACAUUCAUACAUAUUUGGGAUGUAAGAGAUCAAAGAAGGCCUUGUUUAUCUUUGUCUGCAGUAGCUGGUUCUUCUCAAGUAAGAUGGAAUGCUUUAUCUCCCAAUAUGUUAGCUACAGCCCAUGAUGGGGACAUUAAAAUAUGGGAUCAACGAAAAGGAAAUAGCCCUAUGCAGUAUAUAGCUGCUCACUUAACAAAAAUACAUGGUUUAGAUUGGUGUCCAUUUCAACAAAAUCAAUUAGCAACUUCUAGUCAAGAUUGUACAGUGAAAAUCUUCGAUAUCAGUAAUCCACGGAGAGCCGAGAGUAUUUUAACAACAAACUCACCAGUAUGGAGAGCUAGAUAUACGCCAUUUGGAGAGGGAUUGGUAACAAUAGUAGUUCCGCAAUUACGACGAGGAGAAAAUAGUCUAUUGUUAUGGAACAUAACAAACCUCAGUGCACCUAUUUAUACUUUUGUAGGGCAUACUGAUGUUGUUCUUGAAUUUCAGUGGAGGCACCAAAAAUUAGAAAAUAGUGAUUUUGAACUAAUUACUUGGUCAAAAGAUCAAUGUUUAAGAAUAUAUAAAAUUGAUCCUUUCUUGAAGAAAUUAUGUGGACACGGUAUAGACGAUAAUACAUCUAUUUAUACUCAGUAUUCUGAAGAUAAUAAUUUAAGAGCAUUGCAAUCCGUCCAACAAUUACAACUGAACGACACUCAAAAUGAUCGCGAAGUGAAUUGUAUAACAACAAAAGUGGAUGAACCGAUAUUGAAUUCCGAAGCAGAUACAUAUAUCGAGAAUAAUAAAGAAAUAUCUUCCCCUACACAACCAAAGACAUUGCAGCAAGAAUUUUCUUUAAUAAAUAUGAACAUACCAAAUAUAGAGGUCAAUGAAAUGGAUGCUGUAGAACGUAGUUGUACCGUAACAGCAUCCAACAAAAGUUAUAAUGUGAUAUUAAAAGUAAAUUUUCCACCGAAUUAUCCGUACAGUGCACAACCUACAUUUCAAUUUUGUCCUGGGACAACAAUUGAUAAUACAACAAUGACGAAAUUAUUAAAAGUUUUAAAACAAACUGCCCAGCAGCGUGUUAAAAAGAAUAGAUCUUGUUUGGAACCAUGUCUUAGACAAUUAAUUACAACCUUAGAGCAAACAUGUAAAAAAGACGAGAAUGAAAGCAGUCACUUAGGAUACGAUAUCCAAGAUAACGCAAAUUUCUUAGGUUCCUCUAAUAUAUAUACCAAUUAUCGGGAUGCCUAUAUACCGUUUCCUAGAACAUCUGGUGCUAAAUUUUGUUGUGUGGGAAUCCUCGUAUGCUUUGGUCGUGCCUCGUAUACCAGAAGAUCGUCAAUGAAACCCGAGAGUACAACACCUAGAGCACUAUCUGCGUUAGGAAAUGGUAUUGGCAAUGGAGAACAUUUUUUGCAUAUGUAUUCGAAUUCCUAUGUACAGUCGAAUGAUAACAUUCCUAUAAGUUCGUUUUAUUUUCAAGAUCGUAAAAUAAGUCGAGGAUUACACAAUACGAAUAGAAUGACCUACAGGUCAUGUUGUAAAAAUUAUCAUUUUAUGGUAAUAAUAUACGACGCUUCGUCGUUAUUUUUUGUUAACAAAGAGCUUGCUGAAAAAUAUGUCAUUAAUAUCACUGAUAUCCCAGCAAUGUGCCAAUAUAAUGCAAAUGUUGCUGCGGCACUAGAACGUCCUGAUUUAGUUCAAGCAUGGUGUUUAGCUGCCCUUGUUAUAUCACAACCGGUUGCAAACGUUGGACAAAAUGCUUGCCAGUCACUGCUACCCAUGAUUGAUCUUGAUGCCCCAUGGCCUUUACAUCCUUUUGGCCAAAAUUUAAUUCAUUCCUUAAUACAGCAUUAUGCCAAUCAGUCAGACAUUCAAAUGGCAGGUAUGCUGAGUUGUGCAUUUAGUUAUCGUUCGGAAAACUCAGAUAUAUCUCAAACACGGCUAAGUAGCAAGUCUAUUAAUGUCAGUAGGCUUUCUACAGGAAAGUGGUGGUUGAAGCCUGGUGGUUCGCCAUAUCAUACAAUUCACUUAGCCGAUACCACAUUGGAAGGAUGGAAUUUUCAAAAUCUGAAACAACAUCGAUCCAACUCGUGGUCCGAUUCACUCGAUGAUUUAAAAUUAAUCCAAGAUACGUUCAGGGAUUCCGUGAAACAUAUGAGAUUACUUGAUGAAAAAUAUACUACUCUUUAUGACGGAUACAAGAAAGCGUAUGCAGAGGUAUUACACAGAUGGCGACUAUUGGAUGCACGUGCACAAGUAUUAAAACACGUGAGUGCAACUCCUUUGGACACGCACAAAGGUGUUGAAUUUCAAAGCGAAUGUCAAAUAUGUGGCAAAGUUAGCAGAGGACCUCAGUGUAUAAGUUGUAAACGAUUAGCUUUGGAAUGUGUAAUUUGUCAUAUUUCUGUGAGAGGUCCAAGUAACUUCUGUAUUUUUUGCGGACACGGAGGACACACACAGCAUUUAGCAAAAUGGUUUACUAGUGAAACACUGUGCCCAACUGGCUGUGGAUGUUAUUGCUUGCAAGAAAGUUCUACCCUCUUAAAACUGUAAAUAAAAGAGACGAAAAGUGUACAUACAUAAUCGCGACGAUACAUAAUGAAUGUUAUAAGAUGAUAAUAAACGUUUUUUUUAAAGAA